AGCAUAAAUAGUGGGUACUUUGUGUGUCCAGUAUCCCAGGCUCCAAAGUGACUAGGUCCAAACCCAUUCACUGAGCGUCUUUCAAUUGUAUCCAACUUGUAGGUGCAAAGUUCAAACAACAACAUUGAGCGGAAUUUGCGCGUAAGCAAUUGAAGCCUGGAGGCAGUCCACGCCUUGCUCUCUUCUUUUCAUCUCAUGGCAACUCCUGUAAUUGUCGGUGUUGGAGCUAUCACAGCUGCUCUCGUUGGUCGACAUCUUGUACGCAAUGGCAUUAUUGGAAAGCGGGCAGCAGACCAGUGGGUUAAGGGUGGUUUUAAAGCGAAAAUGGACCGCAAGGAGGCUAUUGCAAUUCUUGGGCUAAAGGACGGCGUAACACUACGAAACAAGUUGAAAGAUGCCCACCGUCACAUUAUGCUCGCAAAUCACCCUGACCGUGGAGGCUCUCCAUACUUGGCGAGUAAAAUCAACGAAGCCAAAGACCUGUUAGACAAGACAGAUGGAAAGUCGAGAUAACUUUUAAUUCUCUUACGUUGGUUACUCACUAUACCGGUAAGUCAUUGCCAAGCUCUUGAACCGGGAGAAUUGCUCAGAUAUUUCAAGUCUACUCUGUAUUUCUAUCUCUAUAUAUCCAUCAUAAUGAAUAUCAUCACUCACUCCUUUAAAUGAUCCUGGCCCGCUAUACUACCUGCCGUCGGAUUCUGCUUUUUAGAAUUCCUUCACAUAUUUAUCAAGC